AUGGCGACAAUGCUCGGUUUCACCGGCCUCUCCUCCCGGCCACUUCAAUUCUCCGAUGACUGCUCCAAUAGCUCAAAUCGGCGCAUGGUUUCCGUCCGAGCCUCGGCGGAAGUAGUUGACACACGGAGGCCGGCGAGUACUCUCUACGAAGUUCUACGACUGAAGCCCGGAGUAUCUCAUUCGGAGAUCAAAUCGGCUUACCGAAGUCUGGCGAAGGUUUACCAUCCCGACGCGGCGGCGCAACGAUUACCGGAGUGUGACGACAGAGACUUCAUCGAAAUCCGCAAAGCUUACGAGACGCUCUCUGAUCCCUCAGCGAGAGCAGUUUACGACAUGUCGUUGAUGGCGGCAGUAUGUGAGAGGAAGAGACAGUUUUCGGCUUCGGUGACACCACAGAAACGGUAUUCGAGAUAUGUAAGAUGGGAAACGGACCAAUGCUGGUAG